UAUCACUCGUGUUUAUCCGUCAAAUGUGUGAGAGAGAGAGAGAGAGAGAGAUGGGAAUGAAUUCAACAGAAUUGACCUUAGACUUGAGCUCGAUUCACGGUACACCCAAACCCAUAUUCGAAUUGCUCAAAGAACCCUCGAUGAUCAGCGGAAUUUCUCAGAAACCAUCGAACAUCGGUAGUUAUCUCGAAACGCUAGAACACGAACUGAAAAAGAUCGAUGGCUUCAAACGUGAACUUCCUCUCUCCAUUUGUCUCUUGACCGAUGCAAUUGAAAGGCUGAAGGAGGAGAGAAUGCAGAGCGAGAGAAGCAGCAACGAGGUAAUUGAGCCGGUGACGGAAGAGUUGAUACAAUUGAUGGGAAAUUCUGAUGAAAAUGGAAGACCAGAGCAAGUUUCCAGUGAUUCACGGGAUAAGAGGAAUUGGAUGAGCUCUGCUAAGCUGUGGACCGCUGGUAGUGCUGCUAAGUGUGAAAAUUGCAAAUCGAGAGACAAAACAGGGGAUGGCUCUGCAACCAAGACCCCUUCACAGCCCUGCAAUUUGAAGAACAGGGGAGGGGCAUUUGUGCCAUUCGAAGUGACAUCGGCAAAGGUUGGUUUACUGGAGCAAGGUCAAUUGCUUUUGAAGCCGGUGGGUGGAAUUGGUUCAACCAAUUUGGAUCUUGAAGGAAGCAGUAAACAUUCGGAUUCUUCCUCUGUUACCGAACAAGUGAAGACAUAUACUACUACCAAAUUAAAGCAACAUCAACAGCAGCAGCAGCAUUUUAAACAACAGAAGAAGCACAGGCGGUGUUGGUCGCCGGAGUUGCAUCGGCGGUUCGUUGAUGCUCUUGGACUGCUUGGAGGAGCACAAGCAGCUACGCCUAAGCAUAUCAAAGAGCUCAUGCAGGUGGAUAGCCUCACAAACGAUGAAGUAAAAAGCCAUCUACAGAAAUACAGGAUCCACAUUCGGAAACAACCAGAUUCUCCAAGUACGACGUCAAACGGACUAUAGUCGUCCCGAAAUGAGUCUGGUGGAAUGGAACAAGAGGGGGACGAGAAAAUCGGGAAGCUAUGGUUAGAAAAAGCCGGGCUCGAAAUUUUGCAAAUGCGAUCGAUGUAUAGGAGGAAAUUAGAUUAUGAGCAUUACAUGCAUGGAAUACAAUAUCAUCACAUAGAGUCCCUAAGUUUUCCUUUCGUUUUUGCCCUAUCUUUAGUUUAGGGGGCAAUAAAUCUUUACCAGUUCUGACAUUUUCUCGUCUUCAUGAAUCAAUCAAGAGCUAGAAGAAGGGUUUUGUUUCUUGAAACAAUCAAGGGAAGAGUUUGAUGUAACGUCCCUCAAUGGGCUAAAGGAUUUAAGAGGGAUUAUAUAAUGCAUGAUAGGAGUAUAUAUGAAGUACUGGACAGAUUUUAGUUCUACUAAAUUCUGUGAUUCAA